AUGAAGAUCUAUCUACUCGCUUCCGUCUUGCUCAUCGCCGCAUAUCAAGUUCAUGGCCAGAGAGAAGAGUUCAAGUGCCCGGACGACUACGGGUUCUACCCGCACAGCUUAUCGUGCGACAAGUACUGGAAGUGCGACAACAAUGUGGCUGAACUAAAGACUUGCGGUAACGGUCUGGCGUUCGACGACACCGACCCCAAGUACCUGAUAGAAAACUGUGAUUACUUGCACAACGUUGACUGUGGUGCCAGAUCACAAUUGGAACCUGCCAUCAGCGGACCCAACUGCCAGAGAUUAUACGGAAUCUUCCCUGACGAUUCCAAGUGCGAUAUCUUCUGGAACUGUUGGGGAGGCGAAGCUAGCAGAUACCAAUGUUCUCCGGGUUUGGCUUACGACCGCGAAUCCAGAGUAUGCAUGUGGGCUGACCAAGUACCAGAAUGCAAAGUCGAAGGUUAG